GAUCGUGGGUAAUUACAGCACGUCUUGUUUUCAUGCGAAAGGAUAACUUUAAUUAAAAUGGAAGGUUGCCCAUGGUUGCUCACCGAUGGAACUAAUUAAUUCCCGUACCACAGGGUGGAGCUUCAUCGCUGGAAAUCCCUUUAUAAGUGAUCAUCACUCCUCCGGCUAUCAGUUUUUUUUUAUUACUGAACAGAAGUCUGCCUCAAUUCCAUUCCUGUUUCACCAUGCCAUCAGAUCUGGAAGGAGCCAUGGACGCACUGAUCCAUGUCUUUCACCGCUAUUCUGGCAAGGAGGGGGACAAGUACAAGCUCAACAAGGGAGAACUUAAGCAGCUGCUCAACUGUGAGCUGAGUGACUUUCUGGCGUCCCAAAAGGAUCCCAGGCUGGUGGAUAAGAUCAUGAGGGACCUGGACUCCAAUCAGGACAAUGAGGUGGAUUUCAAUGAGUUUGUCGUGCUAGUUGCUGCACUGACCGUUGCCUGCAAUGACUUCUUUGAAGAACAGCUGAAGCACAAGGGGAAGUAAGAAGCUGUGUUAGACUUUACCAAAAGUCCAUAGAGAAAUGUGAAUGAAAGUCUGUAAGCUCAUUGGAGCUCACACUUUUUGUAA